AUGACAACUUACAAAGUCUACGUCAUCAAAUCCAAACCAAAUAGCGCAAGCCAGGACCCUAUUCCCACCCUCUUCGUCGAAACAGACCCCAGCACGGGCUCAGGUUUCACCCACAAUUUCGCCAAGAGCUCCUUCAUCUGGAGUAAUGUACGGCACGAGCGAGUCCCGAGCGGCGACCCUGCCUAUCUCGCUGGCGUUAUGAAGAAAACCCUGUACGGAUAUGUCGAGACAGAGCAAUACCCAGAAGCGUGGGAUAAGGAGCUGGAAAAGAUGGCUACGAACCCAAGUGAAAUGCGUGUUCCUGUAGGCACUGGUUCGGUUGUUGCAAGUGGGAUUCCUGUUUUGACGCGAGCGAAGUUGUUGAGUACGACUAGUUUUUGA